AAGGCAGGACUCUGAGUACGGAAGCUGACCUGGGACAUAAGGAAAGGAAAGUGGGAACGACCGGGUUAAGGGGCAAAAGAGGUAGGUUUGCUCAGCCCAAGACCCCUGUUCCCAGGCUAUGGCCCCCAGUGUCUUGUAGAUCUGGAGGGAUACCCGUGCUUACGACCCCUAUUUCGGGGUCUGGGUGGCUACUGGAGGGCUUUGCACAGGGGCGGAGAAGGCAGGAUCAUGGCAUCUCGGGCCUCUGAAUCUACCCCCGGGCGCAGCGUGACGGCGGGCAUCAUCAUUGUUGGAGAUGAGAUCCUCAAGGGACACACUCAGGAUACCAACACUUACUUUCUGUGUCGGACGCUGCGCUCCCUGGGGGUCCAAGUGUGCCGAGUCUCUGUUGUACCUGAUGAGGUAGCCACCAUCGCAGCUGAGGUCACCUCUUUCUCCAGCCAGUUCACUCAUGUCCUCACAGCUGGGGGUAUCGGCCCCACCCACGAUGAUGUGACCUUUGAGGCAGUGGCACAGGCCUUUGGGGAUGAGCUCAAGCCACACCCGGAGCUAGAAGCCAUCAUCAGAUCCCUCGGAGGGGAAGGCCGAGAGAAGAUGUCUCUGGUGCCCUCCUCUGCCCGCCUGCACUAUGGCACAGAUCCUCGCACUGGCCGCACCUUCAAAUUCCCACUGGUCUCUGUCCAAAAUGUCUACCUCUUCCCUGGCAUUCCAGAGCUGCUGAGGCGAGCGCUGGAGGGGUUGAAGGGGCUGUUCCAGAAUGACGCUGUUCAGUUCCACUUGCGGGAGUUGUAUGUGGCUGCCCAUGAGGCCUCUAUUGCCCCAAUCCUAGCAGAGGCCCAGGCCCACUUUGGGCGCAGGCUUGGCCUAGGUUCCUACCCUGACUGGACCAACAACUACUAUCAGGUGAAACUGACCCUGGACUCGGAGGAAGAACAGUACCUGGAGGAAGGUCUGGCCUACCUGACUGCCCGUCUGCCCCAGGGAUCACUGGUCCCCUACGUUCCCAACACUGUGGAGCAGGCCAGUGAGGCUGUGUACAAACUCACUGAAUCAGUGUCUCCUCUGGGACAAAAGGUGGCAAGCGCCCUGCAGACCAUUGAGACAGCCCUGGCUCAGUAUAGCCUCACCCAGCUCUGUGUGGGCUUUAAUGGGGGCAAGGACUGCACCGCCCUUCUACAGCUCUUCCACGCAGCUGUGCAGAGGAAAUAUCCUGAUACCCAAGAGCCUCUCCAGAUUCUGUAUAUCCGGAGCAUCUCCCCUUUCCCAGAGCUGGAGCAGUUUCUCCAGGACACCAUCAAGAGAUAUGAUCUGCAGGUGCUGGAGGCUCAGGGUGACAUGAAGCAAGCCCUGGGUGAGCUGCAGACACAGCAUCCCCAGCUGAAGGCCGUCCUGAUGGGAACCCGCCGCACUGACCCCUACUCCUGCAGCCUCUGCCCUUUUAGCCCCACCGACCCAGGCUGGCCUUCAUUCAUGCGCAUCAACCCACUACUGGACUGGACCUACAGAGACAUCUGGGACUUUCUGCGUCAGCUCUUUAUCUCAUACUGUAUCCUGUAUGACCGAGGUUACACGUCGCUGGGGAGCCAGGAGAACACAGUGCGGAACCCGGCCCUGAAGUGCCUCAGCCCAGGGGGAUACCCCACCUACCGUCCAGCUUAUCAACUAGAGAAUGAGGAGGAGGAACGGAACUCCCGCAUGUGACCACCCACCCCUACUACCUCUGGACUGAGGGAAGAGGACUGUCCUGGGGUGUGACCUGCCAAUAAACCAUGUCUCUCACUGUG